AUGCUCGAUAUUAACUUGCAUUUGUCUCUUCACUUUAUGCAUAAAAAAUCACAUUUGGGCAUUGACAAUUUUCUGCUGAACAACGACAAUGGCCAACAAUACUCCUAUUAUGAUACUCAGGACAAUUUUAACAGCAAUACGAAUAACAACCACAACAACAAUAACAAUAACAACAAUGAAAAUGCUAUUAGGAGCAAAAACAAUAACGAUAUGAUUACUGGCAAUGUCCUUAAAAUGAACUCAACUGAAUCUGGCACCCAUUCACCAUUGUCCAUUGACAAUAUUGAUGAAAUCAAUCAAAGCGCUGAACUGCAAUGUCUCCUACAAGAGCACAUUGAAACAUCAACCUUUGGAAAUACAAGCGACUUCUGCUUUACUCAGUUUGAUACAAUCCUUUGCUGGCCACGCACACCGCGUGGAACGCUUGCUGUUCUACCCUGCUUGGAUGAGCUUCAAGGAAUUCAAUAUGACAGUUCACAAAAUGCCACACGGUUUUGUCAUUUGAAUGGAACCUGGGAAAAAUAUACAAAUUAUGAUUCUUGUAUGCAUUUGCCUGCACCGUCACCUGUUCCUGAAUUUGAGCCAAUUGUCGAGCUGCCCACCAUAAUUUAUUACAUUGGAUACACUAUAAGUUUGGUUUCGUUGACAUUGGCCAUAAUUGUCUUUGCGUAUUUCAAGGAAUUACGGUGCUUGCGGAACUCGAUUCAUGCGAAUUUGUUUUUCACUUAUAUCAUGUCGGCAUUACUAUGGAUUCUCACAUUAUCCGUGCAGAUUUCAAUACGCACUGGACUUGGUGGCUGCAUUGUUCUGGUGACCCUAUUCCAUUUCUUCACAUUAACGAAUUUCUUCUGGAUGCUUGUCGAGGGUCUCUACUUAUACACUUUAGUGGUGAAGACUUUCUCUAAUAAUAAUAUACGCUUUAAUAUUUAUGCCAUCAUUGGCUGGGGCGGGCCAGCAAUUUUCGUUGUCGUUUGGACAAUUGCCAAGGGUCUGACAAUGACAUACCCCACUAAGCAGCUCGAAGCAGCAGAAGAAGAUUUAUUCGAUGUACGUAGCCUCAAUGAUGAUAAAUGUACUAAUUGUACUAUAUCAGAAUCUGAUCCAGAAGAUUCAGAAGUAGAAACAACGACUUUAUUAAAUUCUAUAGAAGAGACUACCCUUAAUGAAACUAAAUAUGAAAAAAAGACAAGAAAGAGGAAGUCUCUUUUAACACGUACGGAUUUUUAUCAUAUUUUGAAGGAUAAAUUUCAAAGGUAA